GAGGAAUGGGAGAUCUGCAAAGCAUGAGACACACAGACACUGACAGCCGCUUUCGCAGACCAGCAGGCGCAUCCAACUGCAAGGCCAGCUGAUACACCAGCCCUGUUCGUUUGGAAAAGGGCUGACUCCUUCACAUGUACAAGCUGGGCUGGUACGUGAAGAAGAAGAAGAAGAAGAAGAAAAAAAAAGUUGGCAGGAAGCAGCCUCUUCAACCAGCAAAGAAACCGUUAGAAUCCAUCCCUGAGCCCUGAUGCCGAAGUUCCGCCUGCCCCGCCCGCCACACUAUCAAGGACACCCGCCUGCUAUAAGAAAGCCCCGGGGGUCCUUUUCCCUAGUUUAUCAAGGACCUGUGGAAACAUUUCUCUAACUGAAGAUAAGAAUUCUUUUUUUUAUUCUCUCUUUUCUCCUUUCUCCUUCUAGCUGUCUAAAUCAGAGGGUUCCUCUCAUUUUCUUUCAAUAACAACCACUCUGAAAAGAAGAUAUUUUUCAACCUGGGCUUGAAGUAACUAGUGGAGAGGCAGGUAAGGAAAAAGGAAAUGAAACCAGAGACAGAGGGAAGCUGAGCGAAAAUAGACCUUCCCGAGAGAGGAGGAAGCCCGGGGAGAGACGCACGGUCCCCUCCCCGUCCCCAGGCCGCCGCCCCCUCUCUGCCCUCUGCGGCGAGCUGUGUGCGGAGACCCGGGCCGAAGGGAGCGCGGUGACUGUCCUUGAGCGCGGAGGGGCGAGCUCGCCGCCGGAGCGCCAGAGCAAGCGGAGGCGCAGGAGCGGCGGCGCCCGAGCACCCGAGGGGGUCCGAGCCCCGGCAGCCGGCCAGCCCCGCGCGACAAAGGGAGCGCCCCCGCCGCCCGGCACGCCGCCUCCCUCCCCAAUGUCCUCGGCCAUCGAAAGGAAGAGCCUGGACCCUUCAGAGGAACCAGUGGAUGAGGUGUUGCAGAUCCCCCCGUCCCUGCUGACAUGCGGCGGCUGCCAGCAGAACAUUGGGGACCGCUACUUCCUGAAGGCCAUCGACCAGUACUGGCACGAGGACUGCCUGAGCUGCGACCUCUGUGGCUGCCGGCUGGGCGAAGUGGGGCGGCGCCUCUACUACAAACUGGGCCGGAAGCUCUGCCGGAGAGACUAUCUCAGGCUUUUUGGGCAAGACGGUCUCUGUGCAUCCUGUGACAAGCGGAUUCGUGCCUAUGAGAUGACGAUGCGGGUGAAAGACAAAGUAUAUCACCUGGAAUGUUUCAAAUGUGCUGCCUGUCAGAAGCACUUCUGUGUAGGUGACAGAUACCUCCUCAUCAACUCCGACAUAGUGUGCGAACAGGAUAUCUAUGAGUGGACUAAGAUCAAUGGGAUGAUAUAGGCGCGAGUCCCCCCGGGCAUCUUUGGGGAGGUGUUCACUGGAGACACCGUCUCCAUGGUGUCUUCACUCAUAGGCACUUUGGGGGUUUGAGGGUGGGGUGAGGGAUUUCUUAGGGGAUGGUAGACCCUUACUGGGUACCAAGACAUAGCAUCCAAGUGGCAUAAUGCAAGGGCUGACACUUCAAGGUGACAGAAGGACCAGCCCUUAGGGAGAACUUACGGCCACAGCCCAGCCAUAGUAACUGACAUGAUUAGCAGAAGAAAGGAGCAUUUAGGGGCAAGCAGGCGCUGUGCUAUCAUGAUGGUUUCAUAUCUACAGAUAGGGAGUUGUUGUGUAAAGACUUGUGACUUUGAUGCUUGCAGACUAGAGACGUGCAAUUGAUUUCUUUCCUUCCUGGCUUGUGUAACACCCCUGUUUCAAUCACCGUCCUCCGCACGAGGGAAGGACAGAGAGGAGAGCGACCAUUCUUUUUUUUCUGGGCCACCUUCCCAAGGCCUUAAGCUUUGGACCCGAGGAAAACCGCAUGAAGACACAUUUUGGUUGAGAAUGGAAACCACAACUUUUAACCAAUGAUUUAAAGCAAUGUGGAUGAAUUACUGUUUUUAGACACCUUCAUUUUGAGGUGGGGAGUUCCACAGAUUGUUUCUAUACAGAUAUAAAUCUUAAAAAAAAAGUUGUUCAACUAUUUUAUUAUCCUAGAUUAUAUCAAAGUAUUUGUCGUGUGUAGAAAAAAAAAAAAACAGCUCUGCAGACUUAAUAAAAAUGACAGACUGAAA